CCCAGGUGCUGAAACUGAGAGAGCGAGCGAGAGAGAGAGAGCGAGCGAGAGAGAGAGAGAGAGAGAGAGAGAGAAUCACCGCCUGCAUUAGACACUAAUAGAAAAACACGGUAUUCUGCAGAUCAGGGGCAGCAGACCCAGAUAGAGCCGAGGCCUUCAAAACAGAUGGCUGCCACUCAGGAUGCGAAAGGGAAGGGGGAGGGAGGGGACCAAAACUUUGACUACAUGUUCAAGCUGCUGAUCAUCGGCAACAGCAGCGUGGGCAAGACGUCCUUCCUGUUCCGCUACGCCGACGACGCCUUCACCUCGGCCUUCGUCAGCACGGUGGGCAUCGACUUCAAAGUAAAGACGGUGUACAAGAACGACAAGAGGAUCAAACUGCAGAUCUGGGACACAGCAGGCCAGGAGCGCUACAGGACCAUCACCACUGCCUACUACCGCGGGGCCAUGGGCUUCAUCCUAAUGUACGACAUCACCAACGAGGAGUCCUUCGGCGCCGUGCAGGACUGGUCAACCCAGAUAAAGACAUACUCGUGGGAUAAUGCACAGGUGGUGCUGGCUGGAAAUAAGUGUGAUAUGGAAGAGGAGAGAGUGGUCUCAGUGGACAGCGGCAGGCUGCUGGCAGAGCAGUUGGGUUUUGAAUUCUUCGAGACCAGCGCCAAGGACAACGUCAACGUGAAGCAGACCUUUGAACGCCUCGUCGACCUAAUUUGCGACAAGAUGUCCGAGAGCUUGGACACAGAUCCGGCCGCCACCACGGGAGCUCCCACUGCCAAACUCACAGACAGCGCUCCGCCCCUCCAGCAGCCUGGAUGCAACUGUUAGUGACUGAUGUCGGGAAGCAAAGGGAGGGCAGCGCAGGUCCUGUCAGGUGGUAGAGUGUGCAGAGUUUUGUUCUCCCUUUUCACUCCUGCUAGUGCUGCUUUCUCUGGACUACAGCUCAAACCCUGUUUAGUAGUAGAAUUACAAGAUGCCGUCGUAUUAUCUCUCAACUUUAUCACCUUAUAUCAAGAGCAAAUAACCAGACAAAUGGCUAUUGUAAAAUGUGUAACAUUACAGGAUAUCUAAAAUAUAGAGACGCCAUAUUCUCAUUCCUCAGCUAGUUAGUACGGUCAUAAACCGAGUAUGUUUGGUAAGGCUGGAACUAGUCCGUAGUCAUGAUGUACAGUUAAUCCUUAAGACCUUUAAAAAUCUUUAAGACCUAGAAUAAUUAUAAAAUGAGGGACAGAGUCAGUGAGUGCUUUAAUUUUUAUUUUUUGUAAAGUAUGUAUUUUCCUUUUAUAGGAUUAUUUUGUCUCCUAAAGAUGCCAAAUCUCUGAUUUAGUGCACUAUAGGAUGUAGCGGCUUUCUUUUGUGUAGUGAGUGUGUGACUGUACGUUCCAGUAAGUGUGUGUGUGAGUUUGCAUGAGAGUGAGUCACAAAUGAGUGCAUCUUAGUCAUCUAAAAAAAUCAUCUACCUUGGAUAAAAAAGUGGCCUUUUAGCAUCUCCAACUCGGCCUCUGUAAGUUCCUCUGUCAUGCUUACUUUUGGAAUGAAUCCAGUAUGUAUAAUGUUGAUGUGAGUACUAUUCCACGUUUUGCUGUCUGUAGAUGUGUGAUUUCUCUGAUAAGUAUAUCUGUAAAUCUUAAAAAGCAACUAUUUCUAUGUGCUUAGCCUCUAAGAUGACCCUUUAUAGUUUGAUGCGAUGAGCAUGCUGCCAAAAAGUCAGUCAUAUGUGCUGUUUUAUCUAAAGAUAGAACCUAAACUCCAUAUGAUAGCAAUGAUCCAGCAUUUCAUUUAAUAAGAAUCUCACACUUUUCAGUACACGUCACAGUAUGAUAUACAACAACCGAUCAGCUCUGGCAUGGAAUAAACAGCCAUAUAUAUAAAAAAAUAUUCUUUAAUUCAGCAUGCUAAAAUGUUUGUGCUAUAAAAUUAAAUCCCUCCUGAAAUUGAGAUUGCUUAGAAAACAUAAUAGAUAUACAGUAGUGUAGAAUGGGAAGCUUAUACAGCAGUGUAGUGGUCUAAUGAUAACUUAAGUCUAUAUGGCACUGAUUCCCAAACUGGGGGUCGCGACCCCCACUAGGGGUUACCAAAGCUUCACUCGGGGUCGCGAGGCCUUCUUGACUUUCCCUGAAAAGUAGUCCCGGUGUUGCACCGAAAUCUGUGACCGCGGAGAGCCAAUCUUUGACGGCUGUCAUCAGAAAAUGUAACCCCUCUGUACCUGUGUAAUAAAUGAGGCAAAUACGUGACAGAAAACUUACUAAACUAAAUUAUUAAAAAACAUUUUCUGACGACAGCCAUCAGAAAUGGUGACCUCAUGUGUUUCUGGCUCUCUGCGGUCACAGAUUUCGGUGGUCACAGAUUUCGGUGUAACACCGGAACUAAAACUACCAGGAACUUCUUGGUGGGAACUCAGCUUAAGACAACCUUUUAAAAAAUAUAUACAGUUGGCCUAUAUCUCAGCAUUUCAUUCAUUUCUGUGAAGAAAACUAAAUGAAAUUGUUAUUUUUAAAGUUUGGAAUAUUAUUUAAGAUAUAAACUUGUUAAACAACCGAAGUGCUAACAGAACAAUGGCCAAGCGUCAGGGGGAAGAAGCCUAAUAAUGUAUGAUUGUAAAAAACGUUCCUAGAAAUAACAGAUGCAAUAUUCACAGGAAAUAAUCUGCUUAAAAUUCAUCCAAUUCGCUAGUUUACACAAACUUCCUGCAGUUAUUGCGUCCACUAUUUGUGUUGUUUUGUACUGUUACUGUUAUGCAUUGAAUAUAAUAUGAAAUAUCCAUAAACACUUAGUCAUGGGUCAUCACUUUAGUCAAUGAUAGAAAAGGGAUCCCUUCAGGAAAAAGGUUGGGAACCACUGCCAUAUAGUAUAAAAGUUCUAGCUUAUUUUAAAAUCCAGAAAGCUUCUCAGUUCUGCAACUCAUAGAAAAAAACAUUUGUGCCAAAACAAUUCCUUUAGCAUCGUCAGUUGUUUGUUGCAUAGUUGAAUAAAAAAUCCAGAAAAUUGCAUGAAGCCAGUCCUGACUUAUCUAUGUAGAUUUAUAUAAUAAGAUAGUGUAUAUAUAUCACUCUGUGUUACAGAUUUAGAAGCAUUGUCACAGCACUUGCUGUGAGAUGCAAUGGGCCAAUAAGUGCAAUAUUUUAUGAAUGAAACCCUGUACAUAGUUUCUCCUGUCCUCGAGUACAACGACUAUAACUGCGGUGUGUGAGUGCCAGUUUGGUCAGAAUGAAACUAAAGUAAAAGAGUGAGAGUGUGCUUCAUUCAGUAACUGAAUGUGUGACUUGGUGUGUGUGUGUGUGUGUGUGUGUGUGUGUGUAGCUGCCAUAUUGAACAGACAAAUUACGUACUAUAGUGUAUCGUUUGUGUAUACCUUUUGUACAAAUGUAUCCACGUACUCUAUGCUGUUCCUGCUAACUGUUGGGUGUUGGUUGAUCUUGUAUUAUCAUGUCAAAAUGCAGUGUUAUUGUGAAAGAUAGUCAGGGAGAUAACUUAGUCCAUGCCAUAUGCCAUACUGUUGUAAUUCCAAGAAAAAGGAUACACGUAAACUAGUUCAAAGACCCUGCGCAUAUGUGUGUACACGUGCUUCGUGCGUGUGUGCAUCUGUGUAUGUGUGUGAUAUUAUGAUUUUAUGCUAGUUCCCAUGAAAUAAAUUAUUGUAUUGAUCUCCAGUCAAGAUUCAUUUAAUGGAGGAAUAGUUGCCCAAACAGUCACUCUGGUCAAAUCUCCUUUUAGAGCAGUGUGACUUUACAUAAUAGUUGAAUCUAUUUGUUUCUCAGAGUGCAAGCAAAGUAAGAAGUAUGUUUUUGAGAUUAUAGGAAAUAAAUCUAAUUCUAUCA